AUGAUCAUGAUAUAUUGUCAUAUCAUACUAAAGCUAUUACAGCACAGGCCAGAAUACUGCGACCAUGGAGAUAUUGGGGCUACUUCAGCCGCUGUAGGCCUGGCCGAUGUACUCUUUAAGACCAGCUUACAAUGCUACAACGUUUUAUCCGAAACGAAAGACCUCGCUGUCAAUCACGACCACUUUGUUUGGCAGCUUAAUACCGAGAAACAUCGUUUGAUAGGAUGGGAAAAGGCGUGGGAUUUAACGAGCGGUUUGCAUCGAAAACUGGAUCCAGACGAUUACCGAUAUCGCUAUGUUGUGGGAACUUUGGCUAGAAUCGUCUCCCUCUUCACGAGUGCCGAUGAUCUGAAAAAAAAAUACGGCAUCCAAGCCAGCAAUUCGUCCCAGCAGAGUAGACCCACUCCUUCUAGUUCAUGGCUAUCUGUGCGCCUCCCGCGUCGCCUGCAACGGUCACCCUCUCCUAGUGGAAGAAAGAAACAACCAGGAGCAUCAGAAGUUCUCCCAGGCCUAGACACCUCUGAUAUUAGAGCACUCGAAAAUCCCUCCAUCUUAGAGAGCAUGGAUCUUGUUCAUGGCCUGACAGAAGAGAUAAAGCGAAUCAAAGAGUCGACAGGUAGAAUGCAGCAAGUGUUGCCGCUUUACAGGAAACUGCAAUGGGCUGUUGUGGAUAAAAUAAGAUCUAGUCAUCUCAUUAGAAAAUUAAAGGAAUAUAACGAUGGUCUCAUUGCUAUUCUUCCGACCCCCCAAUCCCCACAAAACACACUGCUGGACUGCCAGCCGUUCUUAAAGUUCUAUGUUCCGACUCAACUACCUUUACAAAGAAACCAAUAUUUCCGGGGAAGGGAGGAUCUGCUUUCCGAGAUGAUCAUGAUAUUGAACCCAAAAGUUGAAGCUACCAGGCAUCAAGCCGGGCAGACUAAUUAUGAACCUACUAAAAAACAUCGGAUUGCGGUUCUUCACAGGCUUGGUGGGAUGGGGAAAAGUCAGAUUGCUACAGAAUACGCAUAUCGGCACUAUUCAAGCUCCUCGUACACCUCAAUCUUUUGGAUUGACGCUACAAGUCAGACGUCCCUUGCUCAAGGUGCAGUAACAAUGAUUGAACAGGUCAUUGAUUAUUAUCAAACGAAUCCCCGAAGGUCUGAUAGCACAAUCGAACACAUAGGCGCCCUAUUAGGUCUCUCUGGAUGUAUUGAGCCAACUGGAAAGAUACUGAAAGAUACUCCCCCUGCUUCGGUGAUAAAGGCGGCAAAAAGGUGGCUUUCAGAGCCGGGAAACAAAGAUUGGCUAAUUAUUUUCGACAACAAUGACGAUAUAGAUUCCGUGAAUGUGCAUGACUUUCUUCCAAAGCUAGAGUUUGAUCAUGGAAGUACUAUAGUAACUACUCGAAGGUUCGAACUUCGGUAUCUGGGGACUGGGGUCGAGAUAGAUAAGAUAGAGGGAAAUGCUGCAAUCAGCAUUCUCUUGACAUCUGCAGGAAAACCGGAUACCACGGAAAACGACGAAGAUUAUGCGGAGGCCAGAAAUAUCUCAGAGAGGCUGGGAUAUUUCCCACUGGCACUCGAUCAAGCCGGCGGAUAUAUAUCAUCGAAGCAGAUGCCGAUUUCUAAUUAUCUACCACUAUAUACUGCAAAUUACAAACGUGUUACGUCAAAGAGCCACCGGGGGUUAGCAGAGCGAUACAGAAAUGACACAGUUUACACUAUUUGGAAGAUUUCAUUUGUUUCCCUUCCUGAGCUCGCAUUUGAGCUGCUCCUGCUGUGUUUAUUUCUUGGGGGUGUGGAUAUUUCUGAGGAACUACUUUUGCGGGGAAAGGAAGCAGUUCCCCGACUAUUUGAAGACGAUUUUUUGGCCGAGGACGCUCUCGACCCCCUAUUGUCAUUCUCACUAGCAAGACGAAAGGUUGAUAUACAAUCUACAAAGCUUAAGCUUUCGUUUCAUCCAUUAGUUUUGGAAUGGGCCCGCGAAAGUCUUGAUGCCGACGAACGUUGUAGAUUCAUGAAUGAAGCUAUUUGUCUUGUUGGCAGAACAUAUCAGCAUAAUCCGAAAAAUCGGGAAAUGGAUGAAUGGAUCUUUGGGAUGCAGAUUCUACAUCAUAUUAACACUACCAUCGAAAAUAUCCAAUAUCUAUUCAAAUCGAAUAAUACCUGGAAUGAAGAUACAAUGGACGCUAUAGCUCAGAUAGGACGUCACUGUGAAUCUCAUGGCUUGAUUGGGGCAGCGGCAGGAAUUCUAGAGGCUCUUUUAUCAAACCUUGUUGAGCGAGCACCUAGCUUUGGAACUACAAAUGUUAUUGGUCUGCUAGCAUAUCUAUAUAGAAUUUCUGGCCAGAGGGAGAAAUCUCUGGAGUUGGGUAAAAUUGUUUUAGAGCUGAGGGGAGUCGGAGAGAUGGUGGAGGUAGAGAGGUUGUUUGCAGCCACCACCGAGAAGGUACUGGGGCAUGAGCACCCAGAUACCCUAGACGCUCUUUACAAUUUGCAUAUUUCCCUCUUGGGGCUGGAGAGGUACGAAGAGGCGAUAGAAAUUGGCAAGCGGGUGGUAGCGGGUAGAGGGAAGGUACUGGGGCAUGAACACCUAGAUACCAUAGCGGCCAUCCAGCGUUUAGACAUAAUAUUCACAGAGGAGCGGGAGGAUGCGUGCGCGUCAGUGAAAGCAAAAGUGCAAUCGACAGAUUUAGAUGGAAAGGAGGAAACACCCAAAAGUCCUAUAGACACAUUCGACAGUAUGGGUCCACACUCGUGUACUGUCGGGGGGGUAAGAAGAAGAAGCUGUAAAAGCGCUCAUAUAUGCAGCCCCCGAAGAUUUUCAAACAGUGGUUAA